AUGGCUGAAGUGGCUCCAGGAAGCAUGGAUGACAUCCCGGAGCCCCCUGCUCCGAUGCCAUGUGACGCCGGCUGCCCCCCCUCCCCGCCGUGUCCGUCCCCCUGCACCAAUCAGGCGGGGGAGGGGGGUCACCAUGACAACGGAAAGCUGGAGCAGCAGAAACCAUGUGACCAGAUGAAACCAAAAAGGAGAAUGAAGCCCAAAGGGAAGUUGGUGCGGAGUAUGGCAGUGUGUGAAGAACCCUUCCCACUCUUAAGUGGUGACAGUACCCAAGACAGUCAGGCUUCUGCAGCACCAGCAGUCAUCUUGCCCUGCUGCCAUGGUGACGAGAGGACUUCCUGUAAGGAGGAGGAGCAAGAAAAGAGCAAAGACCCAAAAAAACAGUUACCAUCCAAAGACUUGAGUGGGGGGUACACAGACUCCACUGGUAUAGACCUGCACCAGUUCAUCGUGGACACGCUCAACAGUAAUCCCAGAGACCGGAUGAUGCUGCUUAAACUUGAGCAGGACAUGAUUGACUUCAUCAUCAGCAACAGUCCUUUUAAAAAGUUCCCCCACAUGUCAUCCUACCAUCGUAUGCUGGUCCAUCGGGUGGCGGCCUACUUUGGAAUGGAGCACAAUGUAGACCAGACUGGCAAGGCCGUUAUCAUCAACAGGACCAGCAGCACCCGCAUACCAGGGCAGAGUUUUAUCAAUGAGGUGCAUGAGGAAAAGACAGAGGAGAUCCAGCAGUGGAAAGCAAUUCUGAAGAGAGACAGUAGCUCAGAUGACCAGCACCGGCCGCACCCCCUACGGGAGAGAAAGAGCAAGUCGGUGGAGGAGAGAGAGGAAGAGUACCAAAGAGCACGAGACCGCAUCUUCAACCAGGAGUCGCUGUGCAGCCAGGAUAAUGCCCGCGCAGAAGCCAGAACUGUGGAAGAGUACAAUCCCUAUGCCGAGACCCAGAAGAGAAGGCAGCUUUUCAGGGGGAGCCGUGAUGGUUCCGGCUCCAGCUGGACCAGUAGCAGACAAAGUAGCACUGAGACAGACUGUCGCUAUAGCAACGACCCCCGGCCCUGGAGUAGCACUGACUCUGACUCUUCCUACCAGUGGACGAGUCCUGCCCCCAUACCCCAUCAGGCUGCUAACCAGAAGUGGGAAACACGGGGUGCAGGCUCCAUCUCUCUUUACAGAGUGUCUUCCACCGGCCCCGGCCCCUCCUCUCCUCCCAUAGUAGAGGAGGCGGCCCCACCCACCAGCUCUGCCUAUGUUGUGGAGAACGGCAUCCCGCCAGGAAGCAUAUUAGUGAACCCACAAAAUGGACAGCCCUUCCUGAAUCCCGAUGGAACGCCCGCUGUCUACAACCCCCCUGACAGUCAGCAGCCGAUCCGGAGCCAGACUCACCUGCCGGCCCCUCCCCUUCAGCAGCAGCACCAGUAUUCGUCCGUCUCUUAUGCGCCUCCACAGAUGCUGCCAGUCACUCCUCCUCAGCCCUUUUCUACGGUAUGUGUCGAUGAGCUGUCCUCACAGUUUGGCCAUGUGACCAUGAGCUGUCAAUCAUCGGGGGAUGCCCCGCCCCUCUACCCUCCCAAUCAGGGCUAUGUCUAUGCAGCUCCUCCCCCACCCAACCCCCCCAGCUACUGCCAGACCUCACCGCAGAUGCCUGUGUAUUACUACUCCAACCAGUACCCUACCUCAGUUUCACAGCCAUGCAAGCCUCUCUCGCCUAGCCAGCACAUCCACAACCAAGCAGCAGCACAACCCACCGCAGGUUACCCCCCGGCCCCGGGGCCACAGUCCUCCCAGAGCCAAGGCCAAGCCAUGCUGGGGACCUACAUGCCAAUGGCCUCUCAUCAGUGUGGCAUGGUACAGGGAGGCGCGUUGUCCUCCUACACCCAGAGUAACGUAGUGACGGCGGUGGGAGGUGAAGCGGGGUACUGCUGCAUGGUGCCCCCACCCUGUGCUCCAGCCCCCGGGCCCCCGCCCCCGGGCCACCAUGCCACCUGUCAUCCUCCCAGCUGUGUCGGCCUGGGUGCCCAGGCCUGGAGCUCGCCGUACUGACACGUGUGAUCACGUUGACCGAUAGAUGAAUGGAGCUUCGGUCCUAUAUUGUAUGCACAUGCACUGACCCGGAGUCUCUGCCUCCGAUGAACCCCCCCUCCUCCUCCUCCCUCACACCCACCUUAA